AUCCAUCCACCCCUCCCUCCCUCCAUCCCUCUAUACAUCCAUCCAUCACUCCCUCCAUCCAUCCAUCCCUCCAUCCCUCUAUACAUCCAUCACUCCAUCCAUCCAUCCAUCCAUCCCUCCAUCCCCCUAUACAUCCAUCCCCCCUCCAUCCCUCUAUACAUCCACCACUCCCUCCCUCCAUCCAUCCAUCUCCAUCACUCCCUCCAUCCAUCCAUCCAUCCCUCUAUACCUCCCUCUAUCCCUCCAUCCCUCUAUACAUCCAUCCAUCAUUCCCUCCAUCCAUCCAUCCAUCACUCCAUCCAUCCCUCUAUACCUCCCUCAAUCCCUCCAUCCCUCUAUACAUCCAUCCAUCCCUCCCUCCAUCCCUCUAUACAUCCAUCCAUCACUCCCUCCAUCCAUCCAUCCAUCCCUCCAUCCCUCUAUACAUCCAUCACUCCCUCCCUCCAUCCAUCCAUCCCUCCAUCCCUCUAUACAUCCAUCCAUCCCUCUAUCCCUCCAUCCCUCUAUACAUCCAUCACUCCCUCCCUCCAUCCAUCCAUCCCUCUAUACAUCCAUCCCUCUAUCCCUCCAUCCCUCUAUACAUCCAUCACUCCCUCCAUCACUCCAUCCAUCCAUCCCUCCAUCCCUCUAUACAUCCAUCAAUCCCUCCAUCACUCCAUCCAUCCAUCCCUCCAUAGCUCCAUAGCUCCAUCCAUCCCUUCAUAG